UAAAACGUUCGUUUUUUUUUCAUUGUUACUGUGAAUCCGUUUACCUCACACACACAGAGGGUUGGCAAUAAGAAAAAUACGGUUGAUGUAGUUUCGCGCACAUUGUCUCAUUAGACAUUUCUGAGUUUUUUCUUUUAAAAAUCAUUUGUUUUUUUAUAAAUUUUAUUUUUUAAAUAAAUCAUUAAUAUUUUCAUCGAAAUUUAUAUCUCUGUAUUUUUGCCAUGGAAGAUUAUCAAAGAAUUGAAAAAAUUGGUGAAGGUACCUAUGGUGUUGUUUAUAAGGCCAAACAUAAGCUGACAUCAGAAUUGGUUGCAUUAAAAAAAAUUCGUUUAGAAAAUGAAGAUGAUGGUGUACCAUCAACAGCCAUACGUGAAGUGACCAUACUCAAAGAGCUCAAUCAUCCAAAUAUUGUUUGUUUAAAAAAUGUUCUACUCCAAGAAAAUCGUCUACAUUUGGUAUUUGAAUUCUUAUCGAUGGAUUUGAAAAAAUAUUUAGAUUCAUUACCUACCAAACAAAUGAUGGAUAAAAAAUUGAGCUAUUUGGAACAAAUCAUUGAAGGUUUGAUAUUUUGUCAUUCUCGUCGUAUCAUUCAUCGCGACCUUAAACCACAGAAUCUCUUGUUGGACAAUAAUGGUCGCAUAAAAAUUGCCGAUUUUGGUCUUGCACGUGCAUUUGGUAUUCCAGUUAGACAAUAUACUCAUGAAGUGGUCACCUUAUGGUAUCGUGCUCCUGAAGUUCUACUUGGCAGUCAAAAAUAUUCUACACCGGUCGACAUUUGGAGUGUUGCUUGUAUUUUUGCCGAAAUGCUUACCAAAGUACCAUUGUUUCAUGGUGAUUCAGAAAUUGAUCAACUAUUUAGGAUUUUUCGAACACUUGGAACACCGGUGGAAGAAACAUGGCCAGGUAUCACUUCAUUACCGGCAUAUAAGUGUAAUUUUCCAAGCUGGAAAGAUAAUAUUCUACAUACAGUUAUGCCCGAUAUCGAUGAAGAUGCAUUGGAUUUACUCAAUGCAAUGUUAAUCUAUGAUCCACAGAAACGAAUGCCUGCUAAAGCUGCUUUAAAACAUCCAUAUUUUCUGAAAAAUUAAACACCAAAUAAAAUCAUUUAUAAUUUAUUA